AUGUCCGAUAGUCUGGAUAUUGAAGAGAAACCUCCAGCCCCACCGUUGAGAAUGAACAGCAACAAUCGCGAUUCUUCAGCACUAAACCACAGUUCCAAACCGCUCCCCAUGGCCCCUGAGGAGAAGAACAAGAAAGCCCGGCUUCGCUCCAUCUUCCCAGGAGGAGGGGAUAAAACCAACAAGAAGAAAGAGAAGGAACGUCCUGAGAUCUCUCUUCCUUCAGACUUUGAACAUACCAUUCAUGUGGGAUUUGAUGCCGUCACUGGAGAAUUCACACCAGAUCUCUAUGGCUCACAGAUGUGCACAGGGAAGCUCCCAGAGGGCAUUCCAGAGCAGUGGGCCAGGCUACUACAGACCUCCAACAUAACAAAACUGGAGCAGAAGAAGAACCCACAAGCUGUUCUAGAUGUUCUCAAAUUUUAUGAUUCCAAAGAAACAGUUAACAACCAGAAAUAUAUGAGCUUUACGUCAGGAGAUAAAAGCGCCCAUGGAUACAUAGAAGCCCAUCCUUCGAGCACAAAAACAGCAUCAGAACCCCCGCUAGCUCCCUCUGUUUCCGAAGAAGAGGAUGAAGAUGAUGAAGAAGAGGAAGAUGACAAUGAACCUCCACCUGUUAUUGCACCACGGCCUGAACAUACAAAAUCAAUCUACACACGCUCUGUAAUUGAACCUGCCGCUGCACCAGCACCAGCUAAAGAAGCCACCACUCCCCAGCCUGAAAACUCAAACACAAACACUUUGUACAGAAACACAGACAGGCAGCGAAAAAAAUCCAAGAUGACAGAUGAGGAGAUCCUAGAGAAACUGAGGAGCAUUGUGAGUGUGGGAGAUCCUAAGAAGAAAUACACUCGAUUUGAAAAAAUUGGCCAAGGGGCAUCAGGAACUGUUUAUACAGCAAUCGACAUCGCCACAGGACAAGAGGUGGCCAUAAAGCAAAUGAAUCUCCAACAACAGCCCAAAAAGGAACUAAUUAUUAAUGAAAUCCUGGUCAUGAGGGAAAAUAAGAACCCCAAUAUUGUUAAUUAUUUAGACAGCUACCUAGUUGGUGAUGAACUCUGGGUGGUUAUGGAAUACUUGGCUGGAGGCUCUUUAACAGACGUUGUUACAGAGACGUGUAUGGAUGAAGGACAGAUAGCAGCUGUCUGUAGGGAGUGCCUGCAAGCACUGGAUUUCCUUCAUUCAAACCAAGUGAUUCACAGAGACAUCAAAAGUGACAACAUUCUUCUCGGAAUGGAUGGAUCUGUCAAAUUGACUGAUUUUGGCUUCUGUGCUCAGAUCACUCCUGAGCAGAGUAAACGGAGCACAAUGGUCGGGACUCCUUACUGGAUGGCACCAGAAGUGGUGACAAGAAAAGCAUACGGCCCCAAAGUGGACAUCUGGUCGCUUGGGAUCAUGGCAAUAGAAAUGGUGGAAGGAGAACCUCCUUAUCUUAAUGAAAAUCCUCUCAGGGCGCUGUAUCUGAUAGCUACGAACGGGACACCAGAGCUGCAGAACCCCGAGCGACUGUCCGCUGUGUUUCGCGACUUUCUGAACUGCUGCCUGGAGAUGGACGUGGACAGGCGAGGGUCUGCCAAGGAACUUCUGCAGCAUCCAUUUUUAAAAUUAGCCAAGCCUCUCUCCAGCCUGACUCCUCUGAUCAUUGCAGCAAAGGAAGCGAUUAAGAACAGCAGCCGCUAG